AUGUCCGCCCCGCUUCCGCGCGCGCUCGCCGCCGUGGCGCUGCUCUCCCGGCGGCUGCGCUGCCCCUCUUGCGAGGAGUUCCUCGCCGCGCCGCACCGCGUCGCCGCCUGCGGGCACGUCGUGUGCGGUCGCUGCGCGGCCCGCGCGAGGGACGUCGCGAAAUGCCCGCUGCUUGCAUGCGGCCUGCCGACAACGCCGGCCGAGGUGCGCCGCCACCGCGAUGUGUGCGCCCUCUCCGAGGCUGUGGCUGCGUUGGCCGCGUUUGCGGACGGGUGGAACAGCAUGCCGUGCGCGGUUCGGGUUAGAGUGAGACAGGAGAGGGAGGCGCGGCCUGUGCCGCUCACGAUAAGGGUCAGGGAGCCUGCCGUCCAGCCCGAAGAAAACGGAAGGGGAGUGGGGGAACGGGCGGUGCAGCUUCGUUUGCGGGUCCGCCCACCGCCGACGGCUACGCGGAAGAGACCGAGGACCCGCCGUUCACCGACGAGUGUCCUUCUCCAGAUUAAGCAAGGUGCGCAGGACGUACCCAUUCCGGGUAACGACAUCGCCCAGGGGAAGGAAAAUCAUGCCGGGUCGUCGCAGUCAGGUCGCCAUGCUAGCCGUACGAUAGCGACUGGCCCAUCUCCAUACGCAAGACCUGCAAAGAGGCCAAAGGCAGGUGCCAAAACCACCGAGCCCUCGCAGCUGCAGUUUCAAAAAGAAAUCGAUUUCAUGCAUGGACGAGAUGCCGGUCCCCGUGGCCAAAAGGAAGUGGUCGGAGGUGCAAGCUUUCGCAAACGCAAUGGUCUCCCAGAACCUGCGCAAGCAGCCCAGUAUUUCUCUGUGGACUCUAAGACGGGGGUUGCAGACGUGCUUAAUGAUGCUAGUGGCCUUGGGCAGUCUACAACGAAUGCAGCUUGCUCGCUAGACGCGAAUACUGUUUUCACUUUACCGACUACCGAUAGCUCCAAAACUGAGAGACCACGUCUACUCUCUGCAGGGAAUGAAGUUGCAAGUGUACAAGGCUCGCGUGCCAGCCCUUCGCUUGAGAAGACCAGUGCUCGAAAGGCAACUGGGCGGUGCGCGUAUGAUCCAAAUUUUCAAUGCGAAGAAAUGGGGAAGAUCGCAGGCGAAGCAAAGCGACAGGAAGGCAUUCGAAACAGUGUCGACUGUCCGCAGAAUGAAUCGCAUGCAGCUGGUAUCAAAGGCAAGCCGCUCUUAACUGAUGAAGAGAUAUCGCCGUUGUCGUUUAAAAAAGUUUGGCCGCCAGUCGCGGCAUCUGAACGAACAGAUCGUCGACUUAGCUUUACAGAUGGCGAUGGCGACAUGGUCGAAAAAUGCGCAAAGAGGAUCAGGGACGGUGAAACGAUUGGAAGUUUCACUGUAUGUCUAACAGGGUUGUCGCGAGGGGAUCAGCAGCUCGAACUCGCUGAAGAGAUGAUGGCAUGCCUUGGGGGCGAGAUACUUGAGGACAUGGGCUGCGACGAAAUUCCGCGCUGUGUGGUAACACUGUUUGAUAUUAGUGGCAAUGUGAAGAACCGGACAAUGCUGCUGCACGAGGCAGUAGUGCGACGUGUGCCCGUGGUGAAUAUUGAGUGGCUGGUGACAAGUUUUCUAUACGGAGGUUGGGCGCAGACAGCCCCUUUUCAGGCGCGGAUCAACUACCCUACUGAGGGCAAGGGGGUGUUUGAUGGGGUGCUGGCAAGCUUUGACCGCGGGUUCAGCGGGGCGAAUGCUCUCGCGUUGGUGCGAAAGGCAGGGGAUGACAUCCGGCGGUUGGUGCGCGCAGGCGGGGCGGUGGUAGCGGAGACAAAGGAUGUGGCCGGUCUGCUGUCACAACACUCGCGGUUCUCGUUGCAUGUGCAUGUGGCGUGCGAUUUUGGAGAAAAUAGCAGCGUGGGGGGUGGGCAAGUCUGUGCGGAAGAGAUGGAGUUGCUUCGGUGCUCCCAAAACACGGUUGGGACGAGGGUCGUGAGCAUGGGAUGGAUUUCGGAAUGCAUCUUUUCGGGGAUGUGCCCACCAGCAACCAACGACAAGUCGGAAUCCAUGAGCGCUUUCUCCGAGUACUCUUUGUCGGAUAGUGAGAGAACGUGCGCGCCCCCGUCCACUACAAGAUCGGAGGGCGAGGCAGUGCGGUAG